AUGAGCUCGGUGGCAGUUUUGACCCAGGAGAGCUUUGCCGAACACCGCAGUGGCUUGAUGCAGCAGCAGGUGAAAGGCUGGCGGCCUGCCAGACUCUGGCUUUCCACCAACAGGAGCACAUCGGUGGUGCUGCACAGUGCAGGGCCAGGCGGAGGCAAGCCUCAGAUCUUCACAGAGCUCUGGCUAGCAACGCUGUCAGCCGUGGGGCAGGGCAUGUGCAAGCAUGGGUCAUUGGGCUGCAAGAGAGCCUCUAACAGCUUUAACUCUGAAGAAGAGAAGGAUCCUCCAACCUACGAGGAAGCCUUCCCUGCGCUCCCUGAGAAAGCACCAUGUUUGGAAGCUGCCUGGGAACCUGCUGGUCCCUGGAGCAAAAUCCGGCCAAUAAAGGCUUCUGUCAUCACUCAGGUGUUCCAUGUGCCACUGGAGGAGAAGAAAUACAAGGACAUGAAUCAGUUUGGGGAAGGCGAGCAGGCCAAGAUCUGCCUUGACAUCAUGCAGAAGACAGGAGCUCACCUGGAGCUGUCUCUCGCAAAGGACCAGGGCCUUUCGAUCAUGGUCUCUGGCAAGCCGGAAGCAGUCACGAAGGCUCGGAAGCAGAUUGUCACUCGACUGCAGACUCAGGCUUCAGCAACAGUUGCCAUCCCCAAGGAGCACCACCGUUUUGUCAUUGGAAAGAAGGGUGAGAAGCUGCAGGACCUGAAGCUCAAAACUGCAACCAGAAUGCAGAUCCCCCGCCCAGAUGACCCCAGCAACCAGAUCAAGAUCAGCGGCACUAAAGAAGGGAUUGAGAAGGCCCGGCACGAGAUCCUGCUUAUCUCCGCUGAGCAGGAUAAGCAUGCCGUGGAGCGGCUGGACGUGGAGAAAGUGUACCACCUUUUCAUUGCUGGCCCUUACAACAAGCUGGUGAGGGAGCUCAUGCAGGACACAGGGACGCGCAUCAACAUUCCUCCUCCCGGUGUCAACAAGACAGAGAUAGUCUUCACCGGAGAAAAGAAGCAACUAGCCCAGGCUGUGGCUCGAGUUAAGAAGAUCUAUGAGGAGAAGAAAAAGAAGACUACUACUAUUGCAGUGGAGGUGAAGAAGUCCCAGCACAAGUAUGUCAUCGGCCCCAAGGGAAGUUCCCUGCAGGAGAUCUUGGAGAAGACUGGAGUCUCUGUUGAGAUCCCACCCACUGACAGUAGCUCGGAGACACUGAUACUGCGAGGCGAGCCUGAAAAACUUGGGCAAGCAUUGACUGAAGUCUAUGCAAAGGCCAACAGUUUUGCCGUCUCCUCGGUCUCUGCCCCCUCUUGGCUUCAUCGUUUCAUUAUUGGAAAGAAAGGACAGAACCUGGCCAAAAUAACUCAGCAGAUGCCAAAGGUUCACAUCAAAUUCACUGGAGGAGAGGAUAACAUCACUUUGGAAGGACCUACAGAAGAUGUACAUGUGGCUCAGGAACAGAUUGAAGCCAUGGUCAAGGAUCUGAUCAACCGGAUGGAUUACGCAGAAAUCAACGUUGACCACCAAUUCCACCGACACCUCAUUGGCAAGAAUGGAGCUAACAUUAACAGGAUUAAGGAUCUGUACAAGGUGUCUGUGCGCAUUCCCCUGGACAACGAGAAGAGCAACCUGAUCAGAAUUGAAGGAGACCCACAGGGGGUCCCACAGGCCGAGAAAGAGCUGCUGGAACUCAAUUCCUGUAUGGAAAAUGAACACACCGCGGACCUAAUCAUUGAGCAGAAAUUCCACUGCACCAUCAUUGGGCAGAAGGGUGAGCGGAUCUGGAAAAUCCAGGAGAAAUUCCCAGAGGUUAUCAUCAACUUCCCAGACCCUGCACACAAGAGUGACAUUGUCCAACUCAGAGGUCCCAACAAUGAGGUGGAAAAGUGCACCGAGUACAUGCAAAAGAUGGUGGCAGACCCGGUUGAAAACAGCUUUUCUAUUUCUGUCCUCAUCUGCAAACAGUUCCACAAGAACAUCAUAGGGAAAGGAGGUGCCAACAUCAAGAAGAUCCGUAAAGAAAGCAACACCAAAAUUGAUCUCGCAGCAAAGAACAGCAACUCGGAGACGAUUGUUAUCACAGGCAAGAGAGCAAACUGUGAGGCUGCUCGCCACAGGAUUCUUGCCAUCCAGAAGGAGCUGGCCAACAGCACAGAGGUGGAGGUCUCUCUUCCUUCCAAACUGCACAAUUCCCUCAUUGGUGCCAAAGGCCGCUUUGUCUGCUCCAUCGUGGAGGAGUGUGGUGGAGUCCACAUCUACUUCCCCACCAAGGGCUCUGGCAGUGACACCGUGACCAUCAGGGGCCCAGCCCAGGGUGUGGAGAAAGCCAAGAAACAGCUGCUGCACCUGUGAAGUAGCACAAGGUCUUAAUAAAUAAAUAAAUAAAUGGCAAUGCUCUGUUUGUGUUGAGAAAGGAAUCUAGUCUGAAUAACUAGAAAAGAAAAGGUGGGCACCUGAAGGAGGGAAGGAGACCAUCAAGUCAGGAAAUCGUUGGAGAAAGAAAAUGGAAAGGUCUAUUCCACCUAGAUCCCCCCUAUUAUGGAUGGAAUGACUGGGUGUCCAA